AUGACUGAUCUCCGGGCAGCUGUCGUGCACAUUGGGGAAAGGGAAAGGCUGGACGUUGUCAACAAUAGCGAUAAGAAACCCUUUGUGGAGGACGAGGACUCCAACCCCGCUGCCGCCUGCCCGUGGGCUUUAGGUACUCGCCAAGCUGGCGAAAGAAAUGAAAAAGUAGUGAACUUAGCGCAGCUGCAGAAGAGUAAGUUUUCAAUUGCUCUCUCCGGAGAAGAUAUUGAAGCUGAUUUCACUGCCAUUACCGGUGCCAAACCACCCAGAAAACCCAAGAAUAGGCCCAGAGCUAUUCAGAAGGAGAUUGAUGUAAUUAAAAGCCUUAAUCAAAACAUUCUAAUCUUCACCAUUUCUCACCUCAAUUCCAAUUUUCUCCAUACUGGAUUCUUGCAAGACAUAUUUCCAGGAUCGUGGUUGAUGGAGAUCACUCUGGAUAAACAUAAAAUUCCAGAAAAUCCUGAUCACUGA